GCAGGGUCCUGCCCGCGGCCUUCGCUGCGCUCGCGCUCGCCGGCACCUUCUGGCUGCCCGGCUGCUUCGUGCCAGCGGUGGACCGGCGGGCCGUCAUUGCCGCCGCCGCGGCAGCCGCUGUUGCUGGGCAGCAGCAGGAGGCGCAGGCCGCGCAGGCGAGGUUCUCCGUGUUCGGGUUUGACGGAAGCGGGAAGGGCGCCGUGUCAGACGCUUACCAGCAGAUCGACCCUGAUGCGAUCUCGCCCUAUUCGCAGUUCAGCAACCCCAAGGACUCCGACUACACCAACGACAAGGCCUUGCAGGACAAGAUCUACGCGAGGAACAAGGACAAGGUGAUCGAGUACGUGGCGAUGCUCGACAAGGUCCCAGAUCUGAUUAAGAAGAAGCAGUCCGAGAAUCUGAAGAGUCUGCUGACCACCAAGCUCUACAGCCUCCGCGAAAGCAUGGAGUACGUGACCACCAAGGGCACGCCGUUCUACCGCCAGGAUAACGCAGCAGGCAUGAAGGAGGCCGACAUCUUCUUCCAGGAUCUGGCCGAUCUCGGCGUGGCCGGCAGGGAGAGGAAUUGGGCCUGGGCGUCGGAGUCGUACGAGAAGUCCAAGUACAGCUUCGCGCAGUGGCUGAACGUGGUUGGGCUUUGAGCCGCCGGGGCAAGUCAUAGGAUGUCGUCUGAGAGGCUGGCGCGCGGGUGCGAUGGCAUUCGAAAGCGGUAGCUAUGUACCACCGCUAUUCUUGGCCAAUGCCGUUUUUGGGCCCUGGGAUGUUGUACACAUACCCCCGGUCUCGACCAGGACGGUCUAUACACCAUCGUUGGGCCCAGAAGGGCCUUGUCCAGGGAUGGUGGUGGUGUGUUGCUGCUCCCGCCUGUGGAUGGUAGGGGCUGAGCAGGACUUUCCAUCUUUGCUUAUCCUGACUCAUCUUCCUGCUCCCCCUCGAGGGGGGGAAGGAAGGAGGGCAGAAUGAGAGCAAGCAGAAAAAUACGUCGCUCCCUGCUCGAGCAUCCGCACGACGCCAGCUUGUCUAAGAACUCAGGUUCUGCUUGGAGGGAGCAGCUGGCAGCCGGCGCAGACUGCGUGGCCGAGACAUCUUUCGGCCACGUGUUUAGCAGCCCCCCGCGGGGGCGGCAGUGUGCCGUCCACUGCUUCCGAGCGUGUUAGUUGCACUUUGUAGGCAGUGGGAGUGUUUUUUUUCACAUCGGCCGUGACAGCGCGCGAGGCGUGGGCGGCGGGCACGACGAGAAAACAAAUGCUCG